GUGAAAACAAUGGAGUCUUUUGUAGGCUUCAUAAUCGUUGUUUGCAUGAACUACUUAAAUGUAAUGACAACAACUUUAAUGUAAAACUUAGAAGGGAAAUACGCCACAAAAGGGUAGCUAAGACAUUUAUUUCCUCAAUGUAACACUGGUAGAAAGUGGACAACAAUAACAACAACAACGAAUAAUAACCUAAUAACAAUAAUUACGAUAACAAUAAAUAAUAGCACAAGUAGUCUCCUUUUCAUCGUAAAGAAAUAAAAUUCCCAAAUUUCCUCUUUCAAAUUUCAGUAAGUAAAUCUUUUCACUCUCAUUUAACUUUACCUUCUUCCGUUCUUUUAUUAUGAAGAAGGGGUGGAGAGCUGUCUGAAGUAGUCUACUGAUGACCUCACGUCAGAAUGUGGCGGUGUGGUGGUACAGAGGCGCUGAUUGGUCGCCCGUGUCACAGCGGUACUUCAAAGCCGGAGAGGACCUACAAUUGUGGUGGAAUGGGCGGAACACAUCAUUGUAUUGCACACCUCUAAAAAAAAAACACUGCUGUGAUUCAUAAAUAUAAAAAGAUCCUCUGAGGAGGGCACUUUUUGUGAUGGCAACUUCACUUCUAGGGGUGAGUCUAAGGGGUUUCUUGCUGGUUUAAUUAGUUAUUUUAUUGUCCAGCGGAGGGGAUUAGCAUUACUUCGGUCACAGUAGGAAAGACAGUUCGUUGAUUAUGUUUUAAGCAAGUGGGUCACUAGAAAAAAGCUGAGAUUCAUUUCGCAACGACAGAGAGACGCGCGCGGGAUAUAACUUUCUACUGAUGUGCACAAGACGCGCAUGUUGUUGUGCAUGUCAUAUAUAACGUAAUUUAAUAGUUUUGUUAUAGAUACAUUUUGGUGCUUUCUAUUUCAUCUCAGUCUACAGGUAUGUUAUGAUUCUGUUACGCCUUGGAAAAUAUGCCUGUUUAAACUGUCCCGCUAGUAGGCCUAUUGCAAAUGCAAAUAGUUUACAAAGUAGCUUUCGCAUUAGCACGGAAUUAACUUUUCACCGACCAAAUAAUCAUUGUUAUUGUAGCUUACUAUAGAAAAGGCUAUUAGGCACCAACUGACCAAGCAAACUGAAACGUUCGUUAUCAAUAUCAACAGGGACUUACAUGUUGUUUCUUGUCAUUUCAGGAGGAGCCGAGGUUAGGAUCGACUCCUUUAGCCAUGUUGGCUGCGACAUGCAACAAGAUAGGGAGUCCGAGCCCUUCACCAUCCUCCAUUUCGGAUAAUUCUUCAACGUUUGGGAAAGGCUUCCACCCGUGGAAGCGAGCCACCGCCAGCAGCUGCAGCCUUGGGUCCGGCCUAUCCGGUUUCGGAGUGUCCCGUAACGGAGCUGGUCUAUCGGACUCGUUUGGCACCAACAGCUCCCCCUGGAUCCAGUGCCUUCUCCCUCACGUCCGGUACCUCAUCCACGCCCCACUUUGGAAACGACUAUUCUGUAUUUCAGGCCUCCGUUACAAACAGUUCUCAAGAACCCAGCCAUCAACCCGUCUUUAUUUCCAAGGUGCACUCCUCAGUGGACAGUCUGCAAGGCAUCUACCCGAGAAUGAGCGUUGCUCAUCCAUACGAGUCCUGGUUCAAGUCGUCCCAUCAUGGUAUCCCCACAGGAGAGGUUGGCACCACCGGCGCAUCUGCGUGGUGGGACGUGGGAGCGGGAUGGAUUGAUGUUCAGAACCCGAAUGGUGCAGCUCUACAGACCUCCUUGCACUCCGGUGGACUCCAGACGUCGUUACACUCUCCUUUAGGGGGCUACAAUUCCGAUUACUCCAGCCUAAGUCACUCAGCCUUCAGUACAAGUCCCUCUCCACACCUUUUGACAACCGGGCAGCACCUGAUGGACGGAUACAAGCCGGUGUUGUCCUCUUAUCCGGACUCCAGUCCGUCUCCAUUAGGCGGAGCAGGGGGGACUAUGUUGUCUGGGGGGCCAACGGCCUCUCUAGCGGGGUCUCCCCGGUCCUCUGCACGGCGCUACUCUGGCAGAGCCACCUGCGACUGUCCCAACUGUCAGGAGUCGGAGAGGCUGGGGCCGGCGGGAGCAAGUCUGCGGAGGAAAGGGCUCCAUAGCUGUCACAUUCCGGGCUGCGGUAAGGUUUACGGCAAAACGUCGCACCUUAAGGCGCACUUGAGGUGGCACACCGGAGAGAGACCGUUUGUGUGUAAUUGGCUGUUUUGCGGGAAGAGGUUCACGCGUUCUGACGAGCUCCAGCGACACUUGCGCACGCACACCGGGGAGAAAAGGUUCGCCUGUCCGGUCUGCAACAAGAGGUUUAUGCGGAGCGACCAUCUGAGUAAACACGUAAAGACUCACAGCGCCGGGGGCUCCGCCGGGUCUGGCUCGGGCAGCGGGGGAAAGAGGGGAAGCGAUACCGACAGUGAGCACAGCGCCCCGGGGAGCCCUCCAUGCCAUUCCCCCGACCUGUUGCAACCUCCCGAGUCUGCCCCAGGGAACGGGCAACGAACGGUCCUUUCUAAACUCUCUCGACUAAGUAUGAUAUCUGGGAAAAACAGAUGA